UUUUUUUUUUUUUUUCCCCAUUUGCUUUGGAUAAAAAUUUUAAUUAAGUCAAAUUUGAUAUUGUGUUUGAUCUGGUGGUUAAGUUUUCAUUUCUAAUUAAUUCACUUAAAUCACCCUGGCCGUUUCCUUCCCCUAGCUAUUAAACUAUAUUCUAUUCAAGGGAAAAAUGAGUCUGGAAAUCAAUUUCACUCAUGAAAUCAAUAAUAGCUAUGAUGAUGACGGCGCCUUACAAUCUUGUAAGAAAUGUAACUUGCCCAUAUAUGAAGGACAUGCUUACGAGUUAGGUGAUGAUAGAUGGCAUAUUAACUGUUUCAAAUGUUCAAAAUGUGAAAGCUCUCUUGGCUGUAAUUCAAAUUUUUUGGUCUUAGGAAAUGGUAAUUUAAUCUGUUCCAAUUGUUCUUACAAUUGUAAACAAUGUGGUAAAAAAAUCGAUGAUUUAGCUAUUUUAACUGGUGACCAAGCUUACUGUUCAAGUUGUUUUAAAUGUCGAUCUUGUAAAUUGAAAAUUGAAGAUUUAAGAUAUGCAAGAACUUCAAAAGGUUUAUUUUGUAUGAGCUGUCAUGAAAAAUUAAUUGCUAAAAAGAAAAAAGUUGACUUGAAGAAGAAACAAUUGGCAUUAUUAGAACAACAAAGAUUAGCUGAUGAAAAACAAGCUAAUCUGAAAAAUCCUAAUUAUAAUACUCGUCAUAGUCAUUAUCAAAAUGAAGAAUCUCGUCACUUACAAGAUAUCUCAAAUAAUAACACAACUCCAAAAUUAAGCAAUGGCUCAAGCAAGAGAAAUAGUUUGAAUAAUCAAGGACAUAACGCUUCGUCGGACUUAUUUUUACAUGGUAACAGAUCAAGUUCAAGUAUGGUCACAAACAAAGAUAAAAGCUUACCUCCUCCUCCUCCACCCCCUCCACCUCAUGAAGGUGAAUAUAAUAGCGCAAGAGACUCCUUCCAUUCUACCAAGACUGAUAAUUCUAUUACCUCAAUUUCAAAUUCUCAAUUUACAGGUACCACAAAUGAAUCAAAUAAUGAUAAAAAUCACCAACCAACUCAAGUUGCACCAUCACAAUCCCAAGAAGAAGACUUUUCUAUUGAAGAAGUCAAUGACAGUGAUGAUGAAUUGAAUAUGAAAAAACAAAAAUUAGAAAAAGGUGUUAGUCAAAAUUCAUCUCAAUCCGAUCAUAACGGUAUCAUACUAGAUAUUAUAGAUUCCAUGAGUGAACCCACUACUCCAAAAGUUACUUCAUCAAGAAAGGAUUCUAACUCUUUAGAGCCACCGGUUGAUCUUACUCCUAAAAAUAAAGAGUCAGUUUCUAAAACUGAAAAUCCAGAAGAUAAAGUGGAAGAAAAUGAAUCACCAAGCAAAAAGUUUAGAGGUAAAAACUUACUUAUCUUAUCACCAAACCAAUACCACGAUAAUGGAUUCCAUAAUGCGAACAAUAUUCAACCAUCAAUCACAUCGCCUAGAAAGAAUAACAACACAAAUUUAGCACCUGAAGAACAUGCUAGAUCCAAUUGCCCUUCACCAUUUGCUAAAGCCAAUAGACAAGCCAGAGUAGUUGAAACUAAUGACGAAAUUCAAAAUGAGGGCUUGAAUAUUGAUGACUACGAUAGCUAUUAUAAAGGUAAUAAGGAAAUGGGUACUCCAAAACGCCCUAAUUCUGGCAAUGUCACUACAACUGUUAUGUCUUCACCUCCUCCAAAAGCUCCGUUACCAUCUGUACCUUCAACUCCUAUUAAAUCCUCCAUAAUGAGCACUGAAACUCCUAGAUCAGAAGCAAGAAGUCUAGCAAACGAACCAAGAGGUUUAGGCCUAGAGGGUGUUGAAUAUCCUGAAAAAAAAUCCCAAAGGUCAUCAAGAAUUAUUGGUAAUGUUACUCCUGCAGUUACAAACUUAGAGGAUACUCUAAAUGAUAAUGAAUACGGAUCUGCACAAAGUCAAUCACAAGGCCAAACAUCGGUUUCGAGAAAAAAUACAAUCAGAACUCCAAAACUUAGUCUCAAACAUAAGAGAUCUAUUAGUAAUGGCAGUAAUUCAGGUAUUACUGGCAAAUUUGGCUUCUUUAAAUCGAAAGAUGAAAAUAACGUUAUGAGUAGCUCGGGUAGCAUAAAAGGUCAUUCACGUCAUGUUUCAGAUGGUUCUAUCUCUAAUGGUGGGUCAGCAUUUACGACCCCUCCAUUACCAUUUACUUCCCCGAUGAACCAACUUGGAUUUUCUAGAGACCAUACCAGGUCAACAUCAGACACUCCAUUUUUGGCUAGCAUUGAUAAUAACAAUGGCGGAACCUUAGCAGGCCAACAAACUGAUUUACAUAGACAUGAAUUAGAAUUGAGAUCCUUGAAGGCUGAUAUUUACCAGUUAGAAAUUCAAAAACAAACAUUGAAUAAUGAUGUCAAAAAAUUAACAAAUGAUAAAUCAAAAUUAAAUCAAGAAGUAAGAACAUUACAAUCGAGAAUAGUGAAAGAUAGUAACCAACAACAAGAUUUAUCAAAAGAAAUUGGCUCCUUAGAAAUCAGAAAGAAGAAAUUACUCGAAAUCAAUCAAAGUCUUUCAGAAGAAAAUCAUCAACUUGAAUUAUCAAUCAAAAAUGGCAAAAAUGGUGGAAGUGCUACAUCAAUUAAUGCGCACCCUUCACCACCGAUUGGACCUGGCUCCCAAGGAAGACGUGGAUCAAGUUCUGAUAUUACCAAUGAUAGUACGAGUAAUUCUAAUUUUACGAAUCUUGCAUCUACUUCAUCUUCAUCCCUUAUAGCUGGGGCCCCAUAUUCCGAGACCGGUAUUGAUACUGAUACUACAAUGGUUGAAACACAUAAGGCCACUAGAUUGAAAUUUUGGAGAAGACCUAAGAUCAGUAAUGUUAAUUCACCGGUUAUUGUAAAUACUGGAGUUCAUCAUAAAGAAAGUCAGGAUCUGUCUAAUUCAAAUAAUGGAGAAGCAAUUAAUUCCAAUAAUGGAAGUGGAGCACAUCAUAGUCACAGUAAUUCAAACAAUCAUCAUAAUGGAUCAAAUGGAAAUUCAACUUUAGAUCCAUCGCUGGCUGAUGGAUCCAACAAUAAAAAGGGGUUAGGAUCAUUUAUUACUAAAUCAAGAUCUACUAAUAUCUUGGAUUCAUUUUUAACCAAUAAUAGUAAUAACAAUAGUAAUGAUUCUACACCAUCAAUAUCUGAAAAUGGAGGGGUGAGUAAUGCACCAUUAUUUACUUCUACUGUUCAAAGAAGAGCAGAUUAUGAAAACGAAAGAGUACCUUUAAUUGUUACUAAAUGUAUAGAAGAAGUUGAAAAAAGAGGUUUGGAUAUGGAAGGUAUUUACCGUAUAUCAGGUGGUAAUUCAGCAAUUGUUUCUAUUGAGAAUGCAUUUAGUGGGUUAACUGCCAAUGCUUCAAGUGAUGAAAAACAAAUGAACAAAUUAAAUGAAACAAUUGAUGUUGAUAUAAAUGCGGUUACUUCAGCAUUGAAAAGAUAUUUAAGAAAAUUACCUGAUCCAUUAAUUCCAUAUAAUAUUUAUGAUGACUUUAUCAAGGUUAGUUCAGCUAAUGCACCAAAUAAAUCAGACAAGAGAUUAUUAGACUUGAAGAACCGAGUUAUUGCUAAAUUACCACCUGCAAAUAAGCAUAUUUUAUUCUUAUUAUGCAAACAUUUAUCAUUGGUUAACUCAUAUCAAUCAGUGAACAGAAUGGGAUAUAAGAACUUAUCAGUUGUUUUUGCUCCAACCCUAGCUAGAGACGCUACAGGUGAAAAAGAAAUGGUUGAUAUGGGUUAUAGAAAUGAUGUUACUGAAUUCUUAUUGAAUAAUCAUGAACAAGUAUUUGAAGGUUAUUCAUAA